AUGAAUAUAAUUCCUCUACUUGAGUUCCAUGCAUCUCCUACAGGAAACGCCCUUGCAAAUAUAGAAUCUCCAACUGGAGCUGGUUUCAAUACACCACAAAGUGAUGUUAAAUUACUUACAAUCAAAUCACUUGAUUCUCAACAUAUCAUAUAUUUAGCAGGAAUUGUUCAAGCAAGAUCUGUAAAAUUAGUGACAACAGAGACAAUGAAAUUAAGUGACAUGCAAAAGGAAAGAGAUAGCUGGUGGAAUGAGUUGCGUACUGAAAUAAGAGAAAAUGCAAAAUCACUUGGAUGCUCUCACGUGAUUGGAUAUUCAGAAAGUUAUGAAAUAUUUAUUCGUGGAUCUGUUUGUAUUUUGUGCGCACAAGGUACAGCUGCUAUUCUUAAUCCACAAUAUGAUAUUUGUAACAUUCGUAAUCUGUCUGAUGAUCUUCAUGAAGAGAAUAUCUCUGAGAAGGUGUCUGAAGAAAAGUAUUGCUCCAUUUUCCAUCUUCCAAGAAAUAGCCCUUUCUAUAGAGCUGGUGCAUCGAAAUGCCCACUUCAUGCAGAUGGCUAUGUUCCAAACUUAUUCCUCUCCACAUGUGAGAUGCCUUCAAUAGUUGAACAAAGAGUGCUUAAUCAACCGAAACAUUACAUAGAGGCACGAAUUUGUAGAUCGAAGAAGAAAGAAUUCGGAGAAAGCAAUGCCACUGUUGUUAGCAACAUUCUUCCUUUUGCAGUUCAUGAUUUGCACAAACAAUUUAUGAACAAGAUGAAGCUUUGCAAUUGCAAUUCAGCAUUUUGUGUGACCUAUGGACUCACAAUUAAUGACAACUUUAUUGUGCUGACUUGUAAGGGAACUGGAGUGUAUCUUGAUGCUCUUCCUAGAAAUGCCAAGAUGGACUUUAUAUUGCCUGACGAAAAAGAUAACACAGAACAGUUAAAAUUGCUUAAAGAGUAUAGUGAUUAUUACUCUGCUGAACUGGAUGCUUCUAUUGUUGAAGAACCCCAUUUGAUACGAGAGCUUCAAGAUGAGGAACGACAAGUCGACUCUCCAAGAUUUAAAGACACUUUGGACAAUAGCUCAUAUACUUCCUCUGAUAACGAGGAUGUUAUUGGAGAAAUGGGAAGUGCAGGAUUUGCACUUGAAUUAGAGGAUGAACAGGAUGAGGAUUUCAUAAAUUCCAUUCUCGAACCGUUAUCACCGAAUGGAAUUCAUUUUACAACACUCAAACACCAAUCAGAUAUUGCCUCUAAACACAUGUCUCAUUUGCAAUUUAUUUUCCUAGAAAAGUCCUUCCCCCUUUCCAAAACAACGCACAAUGUGAAACAGCAGCAACAGUACAUUGCAUCACUAUUCAGAGAAUUAUACAUUACACUUUCCUUCAAAUUAUUACUGUUUGCUAAUCAAGAGCUCAAUCAACGUGUUUAUGUGAUGGGAAUGUCAGAAAAGAUUAGAUUUAACAACGCCAAUGAUUUCACAAUCACUUUGCAAGCAAUGCCUGUGCUUGUUUCAUCGAAGCCUAGUACGCUGAGUCAUUUAGAUCAACUUAAAUCGAACUUGCCAAAAUUAUUUCCUUCAUUUCCAUAUCCUCAUGAUAUUGGUGGAUCAAGUGAUCAGCUUUCGAACAGUCCAAGAAAAGAGGAUACUAUUACUUCUUCAGAAGAAUUGAAAAACAUUAGGGAUAUUGUCAUUGCUCAAGAGAAUGAUAUUGACAAGGAGUGGCUUGAGGAAAGUUAUGUUGUCACGUCACCAAUGUAUUUCAUUCCUGGAGCAAAGAUUGAAAAGUUAGUCGGCAAAAUUAAUCACCAUCUUGUCAGAGAGUCUAACAAUGUGAUGGACUUUGCUUCUUUCCAACAAGAGUGCAUUAUGGAAGCAACAUCAAUUGUGCGAGCUCAUACUAGAGCAAUCGACUGUAAUGCUCUACUCAAUUAUUGUGUCAAAUUCCAUGCAGUACUCGAUAAUCCGUCUAAAAAGCAAGCGUAUAUAAUGCUCACAGUGUCAGGAGAUGCUUGUAGGGUGUCAUAUUCCCCCAACUCCUCUGCAGGUAUUCAUAGAUUGAUAGAACUCUCAUGCUCAAAAUGA